CUUCUCAAUUAUUUCCGUAGCGAUGGUCAACAAGGAGCGUACUUUUAUCAUGGUCAAGCCUGACGGCGUCCAGCGUGGACUCGUCGGCAAGAUCAUCGAGCGCUUCGAACAGAAGGGCUUCAAGCUGGUCGCCCUGAAGUUCACCUGGGCCGACAAGGAGCUGCUGGAGAAGCACUAUGCUGAUCUGUCCAGCCGCCCCUUCUUCCCGGGAUUGGUCAACUACAUGAACUCUGGACCAGUGGUCCCCAUGGUUUGGGAGGGUCUGAAUGUGGUCAAGACCGGCCGUUGCGUUUAUCCUCCCAAUGAGCUGGUGCAGACCGUAAGCCUUUAA